AAGACAGACAUCAGACCUUUGGCUUGACUAGAACACCUACGAUAAUAAUCUCCAUUUUCUCCUAAAAAAAAUUUCUCGAUCCAACAACUCCAUCUUGACUCUCUCCUUCCAACACUCGAAGAGAUUCAAUACAUUCCCUUAAUCUCCCUCACUUGUCCUCUGAUUUCAGAGCUCUGGGAUCUUGUUUACUCAAAAAACUACCCAAAAGAGACGUUUUCCCCCCGAUAUGUGCUUGAAUUCUUAAAAAUUCGAAGAUGAUCGGGAGAAAAUCAGCCAUGGGAGGCAAAGCUUCCCCAUUUUUCCUCAUCAUCUUGUCUCUAGGCUUCUUCGUUGCGACCUACAAUCUAGUAACCCUAGUGAUCCACAAUCUGAACCAAGAAUCGUCAAAGGAGCUGAUGGGAGCUAGGGUUUCCGGCCGAAAAAUCGAUAUCUCUGAGGGAUCGAAGAGGUCGGGCCCGAGGAGGCCGUUCCACGUGGCGCUGACUGCGACGGACGCGGCGUAUAGCAAGUGGCAGUGCAGGAUAAUGUACUACUGGUAUAAGAAGAUGAAGGAGGAGGAGGGGUCGGAGAUGGGUGGUUUUACGAGGAUUUUGCACUCAGGGAACCCUGAUGAGUUGAUCGGGGAAAUCCCUACUGUUGUUGUUAACCCUCUCCCCAGCGGAAUGGAUCGGGGUUAUAUUGUCUUGAAUAGACCAUGGGCAUUUGUACAAUGGCUGGAGAAAACAGAAAUUGCGGAAGACUAUAUACUAAUGGCAGAACCAGAUCACAUCUUUGUAAAUCCUUUACCAAACUUGGCGCGAGGAGGUUAUCCAGCAGCAUUUCCAUUUUUCUACAUCAAACCCUCUGAAAAUGAAAAGAUCAUACGGAAGUUUUACCCUGAAGAUAAGGGUCCUGUGACUGAUGUGGACCCUAUUGGCAACUCUCCUGUUAUAAUUCAAAAGUCCCAGCUUGAAAAAGUUGCUCCUACAUGGAUGAAUGUCUCACUCAAAAUGAAAGAUGAUCCAGAGACAGAUAAAGCUUUUGGAUGGGUACUAGAAAUGUAUGCAUAUGCUAUAGCUAGCGCUUUACAUGGGGUGCAACACAUUCUUCGCAAAGAUUUCAUGAUACAGCCUCCUUGGGACUUAAAGGUGGGGAAGACAUUUAUAAUUCAUUAUACUUAUGGAUGUGACUACUCAUUAAAGGGCGAGCUAACUUAUGGAAAAAUUGGUGAAUGGCGCUUUGACAAAAGAUCAUAUCUUCGCGGUCCACCGCCAAGAAAUCUUUCCUUACCCCCAGCUGGGGUUCCUGAAAGUGUGGUUACCCUUGUGAAAAUGGUAAAUGAAGCUACAGCGAACAUUCCAGGCUGGGAAGAUGGAAGUUAACAGCAUAGCUUGAUAGAGUAGCAGUUCAAGGAAACUAACUUGCAGUGGUUCCAAACAUACAAACCGAAAGAGCAGACAUAAACAUACAGGAAAGGAUGCACCUAGAGAGAAGAUGAAGGAGAAAAGUUGUGUUGGAGAGAAGAUGAAGGAGAAAAGUUGUGUUGUUUUCCUAUGAACGAAAUCGCCAAUCAACAUGAAAGCUUCAUCGUGGCCAAGGAUUCAGUUUUAUUUUUAUUUAUCCAGUGUACUGUUCAUCUACAUGACUGUUGUGAAACGUAUCAUGUAAUUUGAGGAGAUGUAACUGGAACCUUCAAACAAGAGCACUCUUCAUAUGGUUUUGUAGGUAACUGUGAUUAAAGUGUUUAACUUUCAUAUUUAAAAGCAGAUUAGUAAAUUUUGUAGGUGAUAUCCGUCAUUGCUUUCAA